UUAUAGUGAUUUUAAUCACUGUCAGAUAUCAUUAUAUUUGAUCCAACUAUGCCACGUCACCACUGUGCCGCGACCAUCCUGUGCUGGGUUUUUUUUUAAUUAGAUCUUUUUUUAUUUUAUAAGGCAGUUAUAUAUGUAUGUUGUCAUUUAAAGAAAUAAAGUUGUAAAAAAAUCAUUAUAAUUCGAUUAUCAAUUAUAAUGAUUACUUGCACAUUUUCGUACUUACUUACUCAUUUCAUAAAAUGAUCAAUAUUUAACUACUAUUUAAACAAAAGUAUUACACCAAUUUAAUUUAGUAAAAAGUAAAAUACAACAAUAUAACAUAAGACACUAAUGACGAUGCAACGAAAAUGACAAUACCACUGUCCGUAUCUUUUGACAUAUUGUUCAUCAAAAUCAGUCCAGCGAGAGCUGAGAUUGAACGAUCACAGACACAAAAAAAAAUUGAAAGAAAUAUACAUCAUAGUAAAAUUAGUACCUUCUCAGCUUUGCAUCGAAGCUAAAAAAUAAAUAAAUAAAUUGCUAUUGAGUAUAAUUAUAAGGAUCUCACAUAGAAAAGAAAAUAUUUAGAGAAAUACUUUAAGUAAAGUAUUCUGAGACAAUGCUUAAAGUUUUUUGAACUUACUAAAGCCUAUCUGAUUCUAAUUUUAAAUUAGAUAAAUUAGAUAAAAUUGAUAAUUUGUAAGCACAAUUAUGAUAUAUAUAUAAUAAAUUUUAAUUAUUUUAUUUUCUUUAGAGAGAAUUAAAAGCAGUUCAAAUUAAUACCAGACACUUCUGGGUAGGACAAAUAGUUAUGAGGUCAUUUCAUUUUUAAUUUUAUUAAAGAUUUCGAAACGAUAAUACUUCAUUAAUAAAUAAAAUUUUAAUUUUGAAUUGGGAUCAGAAGUUUAAAAAAUUGUAUCUGACAAACUAAAAAAAUACGAAUAAAUAAUAAUAAAACAAACAAUAAUGUAUAUUAUACAUAAAUAAUAAUUUUUCAUAUAUUAUUAAUACAAGUUGUAAAUGUAAAUAAUCUAUACACAUAAAUUAAAGGAAUUAUGGUAUAAGGCUUAUACGAGUAAGUUAUUUUUUUGUUCAAUUACGAUUUUUAUGAUGUUGCUCACACGAUUAAUAUUCGUUUUUAUGUUAAUAUGUCUUACUACUAGCACAUAUAAUCGGUGUAAAAUAAUGCCGGAACCAAUACCAGAACCAAAAGCAAAUCCUGAUGAAGUUGCUCAAUUUAAUAGAAUUAUUAAUUCUAUAGGAUGGACUAGUAUAAUUGGUAUGGGCUUAUGGGAUAACCCAAUGGAUGGUGUUAAAAUAGUCCAGUCAGUUCGUGAAUUUUCUUAUAUCAAUGAUGUCAAUAAAACUGAAUUUGAUGAAACUGCAAAAAUUGUUUCUAUGGUAUUAAGAAAAAUUUACAUAGAUAUGCUAAGGUAUUUAUGUAAUAAUUAUUGUGUUAUGUCAUUAAUAUAUAUAUUCCCAGAUAACUUAAAUAAGUUGAUUAAUUUGAAAAAAAUAAUUAAAAUGAUGUCUAUGUACAAACCAUUAAUGACUUGUAUGGCUAAUGCAUUAAAAUAUUUUGAAUGUACUAAUGAGAAUCUUGUACUCGAUGUUCUCAACGAAUCAUUAUUAUUAAGUAACAAGCUGACUACUAAUAACAACUUUCAUAAUUUAGACAACACUCUAAAUUAUAAAUUUAUAAAUAGCACACUUGAGAAAAUUCAUUAUUUUUCUCUAAAACACAAAAGUUUUAAAGUUGAGAAGAUUUUUGAAAUACUAGUUGAACCUUUCUUAGAAAACUAUAUUGCUGAAUUGGAAAUACUAGAAAAAAGUUCUUUGCGUGAUAACUCUAUUGACCCACAAUUUAACAAUAAAAUUGAUGAAGGUGUUAUUUUAUUGUGCAGAAAUUUUGGUUUUUAAAAUUAGGUAGUAUAAUAAUACAUAAUACAUUUUUUUAUUUAUUGUUCUUCCUUACUUUGUAAUUUACAAAUCAAUUAAAAUAUAAAAUUAUACAUAUACUUUUUAAUCUAAAUAAUUUGGUAUUCACUAAAAAAUAUAUUUAGAUUCUUUAUUUUUAAUCAUUUUAAAAAUUCAGCCAUUUAAGAUUAUUCUUUUUGUUAAUUAAUGUUACACACAGCGUAAUUUUAUUCAUUAUUUUUAUUACUAUUAUAACUUUUCCUUUUUUUAUUAUUGUUAUUAAUUAUUAACUAUAUUAGACCACUACAUAUUUUGUUCAAAUUUUAAUCAAACCUCAGUCUUUUGUAAAUAAUUUCUUUAUACAAGUAAUAAAAUAUGUAUAUAAGUUUUUUUAUAGGAAAUUAUUAAACUGUGAUUUACGCAAAUCUUUAUAAAUAUACAACAUAAUAUGAUUAUUUAA